AUGCUUACUUUGUGGCCUAUUGGCGUCUACAAGGGACAAUUUAAAAGCAUGUUGAGGGCAGAGGCAGGAGCAGACACGAAAUUCAUCAAAUCAGGAACUAUCUUGGCCACGCUGGACCGUUCCCUCGUCCUCUGCGCCGGUCACUGCAGCGCGGUCUUUAGCUGCCUCGCCUUUAACUACCAAUCUUCCAGUCGUCUUUGCGAACUUCUGAGCGCUGUCCCCUACUCGACCUCUGACCCAGCGAUGACGGCCAACCCGGGAUGGUCUUUUUACUUCAUGGGUUUGCCUGAAGGGGACCCAUGCAAGAACAGCGGUUGUCCAGAAACGAGCAUGUGCCUGACGUACGAGCAACCUGUGGCCCUGCGUCCCUAUGACCCCACGCUUCCGACAUUCACGUGCGCAGCCAACCCUUGGUUUCUCGAGCAACGCAAACUGGGGUACAGAGAGUGUCGCUUCAAGAUCCAGUAUGAUAUGCAUUUUAAGGGAAGUGUUGCAACCAAUAACGACAUGAAUUUGACCUACUACGACUCCCUACAGACCUGCCUCCAGCUGAGCUGCCUCUCGCUUUGCUGUGAAGAAACCAGUAAGUUACAAGCUUCCAUGGGCUGGUUGGUCCACAGGUUAUACACCAGUACUAUUGGAACAAUGCAAAAUGGUCAAAUACAUAAAACCAUAUUAAAAUCCCAGUAUAAGAUGAACUCUGCAAGAGUUCUUGCUGACAGACUUUUUCCCUCAGUCUUGUCUGUCCACACGAGUAGCAUUCACUUUCACAAAAUGGCCAUAGACUUUAGCUGUUGCUCAAAUCUUGCAGUCCACUUAAAUCCAUGUACACAGAAACUUGCAUCCUCACAUAUCACAAGUUAA